GAACGUAGAGGAAACUGUCAGCUGUACCGAGGUUCAACCAAUAGAAUCACAGCUCCAUCUUGGCUAUGCACUAGAUUGCAUUACAAACAGACAAUACCACCGACACCAUCGCUUCAACAGCAGCCUUUCAGGCAAGAGGUCGCUUGUCCUCAAAGUUUAAGGAGUGAAGUUAAAAGACAGAAAUAAAUACUGAACCAAGAAGUUGAGGAGGAUUCACAAGGGUAAUAAGAAAAGUUUUUCUAUAGGCAAGUUGAAGAACACAACUUUAAAAGACUAAAAGAAGAAUACAAACACAUAAACCCUAAAAAUGGCUUCGCUGAGUUCUAGCCUCUGGAAUGAAACCACUACAUCUGUCUAUCAGUAUCUCGGAUUUCAAGUUCAAAAAGUCUACCCUUUCCAUGAUAAUUGGAACACUGCCUGCUUUGUCAUCCUACUUUUAUUUAUAUUUACAGUGGUGUCUUUAGUGGUGUUGGCUUUCCUUUAUGAAGUACUUAACUGCUGUUGCUGUAUAAAAAACAAAACUGUAAAAGAUUUGAAAAGUGAACCCAACCCCCUUAGAAGUAUGAUGGACAACAUCAGAAAACAUGAAACUGAAGUGGUCUAAUAUUCUACAUAAGAUAAACAAAGUUCUUGAAAGCAAGACCAACCAUUAUUAAAACACUGAUUUUUACUUUGAAUGGUUAAAAGAUUUCUACUAAAAGGAAAAAAGUGAAAUAAGUAA